GCUCUACUGUCUCUUCGCCAUGUCAGAUCGUGAGGGACACUCGGGGGCACCCACAGAUGACGAUCUUUCAUUGCCCAAGGCGACCAUAACGAAAAUGAUAUCAGAGCUGCUGCCCAACGAUGUCGUAUGCGCAAAGGAGACAAGAGACCUUGUCAUUGAGUGUUGUGUAGAAUUCAUACACCUGAUUUCGUCAGAAGCAAACGAGAUUUGUGAACAAGAAUCCAAAAAGACCAUUGCUCCAGAUCACAUCAUUUCCGCGCUCAAGCGAUUGGGCUUUGACUCGUUCACUACCGAGGUCGAGGAUGUUUUGAAGGACCACAAGCAACAGCAGAAGGACCGAGAGAAGAAGGUUUCCAAGUUCGAGCAGUCUGGAAUGACGGAAGAAGAACUAUUAGCAGCUCAACAAGAGCUGUUCGCUGCCAGCCGAGCAAAAUUCGAGUCAGGUCAACAGUGAGCAGCGCCUGUCUGCGUGUAUUAGUAUCCAAAUUCUACCACGGCUUAUUUUUAUUUUGUACCGGCAUUUUGUAGUAGUUGUAUAUACAUAAUCGGAUAGUUAUUCUUCUUUAUCUGUCUUGCAGC